GGAUCACCGGUCGUGUGACCACCACCGGCCUGGCUGGCCGCAUAACAGAUUCGCACCUCCUUAAACUGUCACAUGACCCCCUAUCAGGACCGAUAAAGCCUGCCUGUGAGUAAUUGUGGUUAUUCUGCUACAAUUUGAUUGUUAUCCUCCUUCUUUUUAUCAAGAUGUCCAACAGCAUGGAUGAUUCUGGUAGCCCCAAAACGAGGCGGAAGUCCCUACACGCAUCAGACACCUCCAGCAGCAUCCUUUCUAAACCCGAGUUUGGCUCCCCCAGAUUGGAAUCCAACAAAAGAAGAAGCUCUUCGUUUGCAUCCACUUCAUCGCCCUGGUUUCGCAGGAACUCGUUCUUGUCACCACUGAUGAUCCAAAAUGAGAAUUUCUCGGUAUAUGACUCUCCUAGCUUCUUCUCGGACAAUGGGAGCUACAACAUCAUUUCUUUGAAGGAGUGCCAAGGGUUUAUAUUUAACCAGGACUUGUUCGCUUCCCCCUACCAGCAACUGCGGUCGCUUGCAAAUGAACGGAAAACUAGAGCACUCAGCUUUUCCAAGUCAAGGUCUAGGUCCAAUUCUAGAUCACAACCAAAAUCGUCUGCAGCCAUGACUGGGAAGGGCUGUGGCUCACCUGCCCAGCGUCGUCAUACCUCCUACGAUUUCCCCAGGCCCGUAUUUCUUGACUCUAAUACCAGCUUGGACAAUGCUGUGAUUGAUGAUGAAGACGAGGAUAACUCCACCGAAGACAAAAUGUCAGAGUCACCUAUGGAAGUGGAAGAAAAUGAAGAGGAGAAAAAUAAUAAGAAUACAGAGGGAGACAAUGACGAGAGCAAUUACCACCUCGAAGAAGAUGACGAGGAUGAGGACUCCGACGAAGACGAUAAUGCUGUGAUCAAUGAGUAUGACGAGUAUGAUGAUUACGAAGAAAUGAGUGGAUAUGGGGGUGAUUCGACCAACAGGAGGUAUAAAGUACAUGUUACUGAGAUUGUUAUCAAUGAAGAUGACAUUGAUAUCUUUCCGUCUUAAGUGUCUGGCACAUUUAUAGAAAGUCGUUUCAGUAAUAACUAUUGCACUUUAUGCUACAUCUGUGACGUACGACUAAAACAUCUUGUAUCAAGGACCCUCAUAGAUCAUUCCAUUUGUCCUCUGCCGCAGUAUUUAGGUUUAUAUAGGUUCUUUUGCUUAUCUAAUGGAUACGAAUUCUCGUGACUUUAUACCACGUGACCAUACAUUUUU